AUGUCAUCGAAUGGGCCUUACAAUUAUUCAUACAUUUUCAAAUAUAUUAUUAUCGGCGAUAUGGGUGUUGGCAAAUCAUGUUUGUUACAUCAGUUCACCGAAAAGAAAUUUAUGGCCGAUUGUCCUCAUACAAUAGGCGUUGAAUUUGGAACACGUAUUAUCGAAGUGAGUGGACAGAAAAUCAAACUGCAAAUCUGGGAUACAGCUGGUCAGGAAAGAUUUCGAGCAGUGACUCGUUCAUAUUAUCGGGGUGCUGCUGGUGCUUUGAUGGUUUAUGAUAUCACACGACGUUCAACUUAUAAUCAUUUGAGCAGUUGGUUGGCAGAUGCCAGAAAUCUUACGCAUCCAAAUACGGUAAUAUUUAUGAUUGGUAACAAAAGUGAUUUGGAUGGGCAAAGGGAUGUUACAUUCGAGGAAGCAAAAGCCUUUGCUGAUGAACAUGGUUUAACUUUUUUGGAGUGCUCAGCAAAAACUGGUGACAACGUGGAAGAUGCUUUCUUGGAUACGGCAAGAAAAAUUUAUCAGAAUAUCAAAGAUGGCAGUCUUGAUUUAAAUCAAGCUGACACAGGUGUUCAACCAAAACAAACUUUGCCACGUUCAACACAGUCAGCGGGACAAGAAGGCAAGAAUUGUAAUUGUUAG